UUCUUCUUCUUCUCUCUCUCUCUGCAAUUGCCAAUGUCGUUGCGUUAUCCAUGUGAGAUCAAGAAAGACUGUAUCUUUCUUUCCUUCAAUCAUGUAUUGGGAAAUGGCUGUCAUUCCCUGAUUUCCCUUGUUUUUUUCUUUUCUUUUAUUUGAUGUCAUCUUGAUCGUUACGUCCGAUAUAUAUAUAUAAUAUUUGAGGGGGCGAGAAAAAACAGAUCACGUUUUUUGCUGUAAAAAGUGACGUGUCCCCUUUCUUGUAAAUGGAGUUCCAUUGUGGUUCCUGAUUCCAAGGCCGUGCCUUUUGCUUUGAUUCAGCGGCUCGUGCGCUAUAUUGAUUCCGCAUAAUGGAGCUUAGCGUUGAUGGGUCUUCGAUUCUAGUGAAAAUGUAGGUGGGUAUGAGGAGGUUUGAGCUUUGACAAUGCAGCUUCCUUGAUGGUGCAAGCUUUUUUCGUUGGGUUUUGAAGGGGGCCAAGAAAGGAGGGAUUUUUUCUUUUUAUGUUUUCCCUUUCUUCUUUCUGGGUUUGAUGAUUUUUGCAAGAUUUGGCAUUUACCCAUGAAUUUCCAGUGGCUGAAACAAAUAUCAAACAAUGGGAAGUCGGAGAGGAGGCUUUCGCUUGGGGAAUACAAGAGGGCUGUCUCUUGGUCCAAGUACUUGGUUUCUUCUGGUGCGGAGAUUAAAGGCGAGGGAGAAGAAGAGUGGAGUGCUGACAUGUCUCAGCUCUUGAUUGGGAGCAAGUUUGCUUCAGGGAGGCAUAGCAGGAUAUACAGAGGGAUUUACAAGCAGAGGGAUGUUGCUAUCAAGAUGAUCAGUCAGCCUGAGGAGGAUGAGGACCUGGUCUCUUUGCUCGAGAAGCAGUUCGCUUCCGAGGUCGCAUUGCUGCUCCGGCUACGGCAUACGAAUAUCAUAACAUUUGUUGCAGCUUGUAAAAAACCACCUGUGUUCUGCAUCAUCACUGAGUAUGUGCCUGGCGGAUCGUUGAGGAAAUACCUCCACCACCAGGAGCCGCAUUCUGUUCCUCUUAACUUAGUUCUGAAGUUAGCUCUGGAGAUUGCACUUGGAAUGAAAUACCUUCAUUCUGAAGGGAUUCUCCAUAGAGAUCUCAAAUCUGAGAAUGUGCUUCUCGGAGACGACAUGUCUGUGAAGGUAGCCGAUUUCGGUAUCUCAUGUUCAGAAUCUCAGUGUGGAAGCACUAAAGGGUUUACGGGAACUUACCGUUGGAUGGCACCUGAAAUGAUCAAAGAGAAGCACCAUACUAAGAAAGUUGAUGUUUACAGUUUUGGCAUAGUCAUGUGGGAGCUCUUGACAGCAUUGACACCUUUUGAGGAUAUGACUCCAGAGCAGGCCGCGUUUGCUGUUUCCCAGAAGAACGCUAGACCACCACUGCCUCCAGAGUGUCCUCCGGCAUUUAGACACCUCAUCAGCCGAUGCUGGUCGAGCAAUCCAGACAAACGUCCCCAUUUCGAUGAGAUUGUCUCGAUACUGGAGAGAUAUACAGAAUCUCUCAAGCGGGAUCCGGAAUUUUUCUCAUCGUUUGUACCGUCGCCCAAUCACUCUCUUUUUGGAUGCCUACCAAUAUGUAUUGCUGGUCAGAGGUCUGCUUCCAUAAGGGCUUAGCGACCUUCGGCACAUAAUUUAUGAUGCUGAUAGUGGUUUUAUAGACCAGAUUACUGACUUGUUUGAUUAUGAUCAAGAGCCUUAUAGUAGCAACUCACUGUCCUCAUCCAUUUUCCCAGACCAAACAUGUGGGAGUGACAGAAAGUUUGUCGUCUCCCCUUCUUUGAUGUACUCGGUUGUUGUACUACCUAAUCUUGGAUUAUGAGUUGAAGAA